UGACUCCCAAAGAACAAACUUCUGACUUUUAGCUUCGGCUUUAGGAGUCUCGUUGACGGAAAGCUUCUUACACACGCAAUGGCAAGAGUGCAGACGCUGGGUUUGAGCGUUGAAGAAGAAGAAUCAAAAGAAAAAUGGAUGAAAUAUUAUUCCUCUCAUCAUCAAAUACUUUUGGUGGGAGAGGGUGAUUUCUCCUUCUCCCUUUGCUUGGCUCAAUCCUUUGGUUCUGCUGUCAACAUCGUUGCUUCUUCCCUCGACACUUUCGAACAACUUUUGAGGAAGUACGAGAAAGCCGUGUCAAAUGUACUUGCCCUGACAAGGCUAGGAGCAAUGGUGUUGCACGGAGUUGAUGCAACCGAAAUGAAAUCUCAUGAUGACUUGAAAAUGAGGAAAUUUGAUAGAAUUAUAUUCAAUUUCCCUCAUGCAGGUUUUCAUGGCAAAGAAAGCAGCUUCUCCCUGAUUCAGGAACACAAGAACCUUGUACGUGGGUUUUUUAUGAAUGCAGGAAGCAUGCUUAGACUUGACGGUGAAAUUCACGUAAAUCACAAGACCAAACCACCGUAUGAUCAUUGGUGCAUAAGGGAACUUGGGAUACAAAGCUUUCUAUGGCCGAUAGAGUGUGUUGUUUUCAAAAAAGAAGAUUAUCUUGGUUAUAAUAACAAGCGAGGUGAUGGGUCUAGGUCUGAUGAGUCUUUCCCCUUAGGUAAGUGUAGCACAUUCAAGUUCAAGUUGUCAAUGAAGAAGGAACCCAUCCCCAGAGAUCAUCAUGGCCUACAUAAAGAAAAUUCAGGUAUCCAGAAACAGAACGUUAGAAAUAUGGAUAUGAUACUGGGGGGACAAAUUUCUGGUCAUGAUCAUGGAAUCGUUUCUACCAAGCAGCUAUCAUCUGCAUGGCCUACAUCAACAGAGUUUAGGUCCCUACAAAAAGAACGUAUUGGACUCAUUUCUACCGCUCAUCUGCAUGGUUUAGAAAUCCACAUAUUGGAAUCAUUUCUACCACACAGCUGGUUUAGGUCCCCAUGAAAAGAACAUGUUAGACUCAUUUCUACCACGCAACUAUCAUCUGCAUGGCCUAAAUCAACAAAGUUUAGGUAUCCACAAAACAGAACAUAUUAGAAAUAUGGAUAUGAUAUUGGGAAGAUCUGUUUCUGAAGAUGUUUGUGGAAUCAGUUCUGAUUUGUAGAGACGAUCAUGGCCUGGAUCCAGUAAUGUUAGGUAUCUUUCGAGUGAUAAUUUUAGGGAUGGACAUGAAAUCCUUAGGACUUACCAUCUCAAUUGGUUCAAGAGUUGGAAAUGAAGCCUUUUAAUUUUA